CUCGUAAUCUCAAACAUUCUCUUCCGCAAAUUAGCAGCGACUCAUCCAUUCGCGAGUAUAUAAUUUCAUUAAUAUUUGGAAGUUUAAAAGAAAACGAUUGGAUAGUGCUUGAAUAUCGACUAUAUAAAGUUUUGGCAGCAGAACGAGUAAACAAAAACUUUGUGACGCAAUUAACAUAUUGAAUGUUAUCCUCACUCUGUCACAAAGCGAUAAUGUUUAGUGCUCACAUACAACCGUUCAAUGUACUCUAAUUUUACGAAAAUGUUAUUCGGUGUGUACCUUAAUGCUGUUUUAAGUAUACACCUUGGCUAAAAUACACCUCGUCAUUUUAAAAUGAUGUUUACUCAAAGGCUUUAAUAAUUGAAAAGUCUCUGCAACAUUUUUACAACUAAACAUUUUCACAAACGAAAAUUUUGUUAGUUAGUUUUGGUUGCCAACGUUAUAAUCAUUGACUGGAGUACUACUUUAGCCGGCCGGCUAAAUACAAUUUUUUUUUUUUAUCUGAAAUACAUACGUCUAGGAAACGAGAAUCAAUGUACACAUAUCGAACACAUAUAGAAGAUGAUAGAGAGGUUCAAUAAAAAAAAAUUUAACAAAUUCAUGUGAACGGUUUGUUGACAUUAUUGUUUGAAUAAAUCAACUAGUAGUGAAAUUGAGAGAUAAACAAUAUUUUCAUAAAUUGUUAGUUUAUCGAAAAAAGUGAAAUCAUACACAAGUGUACCACCUAUACAUGCUGUAACAUUCUGUGCGGUUAUUUAAGAGUGAGACCUGUGCCCUGCGUGACGGUCAAAAUAAAAUGUAUUCAACAUUGACGCCAAUUUGAAGUCGCGGCCCAAUGAAAUCGGAAGUGAGAAAGAAGAAAAGAAAAUGCAAAUGGGCAAUGAGAAUAAUUUUGAAUCGUAAAUUGAUGUUUUCAACACUCCUUAUCGUUUCUGUGAUCUACCUUUGUUGGAUACUAGUCGAAAUGUCAAUGAUCUCUGCAUCUGGACGGAAGACAGGACCAAAACGUACAAGAACUGAUCGAACGCUGAUGUUAAACAUUACCCACUCUAACGAUACUACCGAGUAUUUAGCGAGAGAAAUUGGUUCGCCGGAAGGAAUAUCUCACAUAACAGUUAACCGAGACGUACCAGACACACGACCAGAAAGCUGUAAAACAAGAAAUUAUCAGUUGGUAGACGGCCAAAAAGCGUCUGUGAUAAUAACCUUUUAUAACGAAUCUCGAUCUGCCUUAUUAAGGACAUUGACAAGCAUACUCAAUCGAACUCCACUCGAUUUGAUCGAAGAAAUUAUUGUAAUCGAUGAUCAUAGUACGACCGAUGUUGAGCCACAGUUCCUACGUAAUUAUCACAAAACAAUUAAAUUGAUUCGAAACGACCAACGUGAAGGACUCAUUCGAUCGAGGAAUAUUGGAGCAAAGCUUGCUGUCGGUCAUUACCUUGUUUUUUUGGACAGCCAUUGUGAAGUGAACGUUGGUUGGUUGGAACCGUUGAUACACCAGGCUGAAGAACAGCAAGGAGUAGUUGUUAGUCCAAUAUUGGAUGUGAUUGAUUGGCAAAGUUUGCUGUACAGAAGUGGGUCGAACAAGUUGCGAGGUGGUUUCGACUGGAGUUUGCAGUACAAAUGGAUUGCCAUCCCAGAAGAAGAAUUAGAAAGUCGUAGUUUUCAGGAGAGUUUCGCCUAUAGCACUCCGUCGAUUCCAGGAGGUGUUUUUUUGAUAAGUAGAGUUUGGUUCCGCCAACUUGGAGGUUUCGAUAGCAAUUUGAAAAUUUACGGCGGAGAAUCUUUAGAACUUUCGUUGAAGACAUGGAUGUGUGGUGGUCAUGUUGAAGUAGCAGUGUGCAGCCGAGUGGGUCACGUGUUUCGCAGGAAGCAUUCAUUCGAUUUUCCCAACGGAAUCAGGGAUACCAUACAACACAAUACGAGAUGCAUUGCCGAAUCGUGGCUUGAGGAUUACAAGUUUUUCUUCUACUCAACUCAACCAAAAGCUCAACCAAUCGAAAUGGACACUAACACCUGCUCCAAGAGUAUCCAAAAGGCAAAUCGAUUAAAACAAAAAUUGCAAUGUCGUUCCUUCCGAUGGUAUCUACAAAAUGUUUUCCAGGAACUAAGAAUACCGAAUGACCAGCAAGUAGCGUUCGGCGAACUAAAACACGGCAAAAACUGUCUCGAAGUGACUGCAUUGAAAGGCAUUACAGUCGAUGAAUGUUCAAGCGACGCAACCCGCUGGUUUUUCAAUCAAUCCGGAACGUUGAGCAUUCAAACGGGAAAUUGUCUGACAUUCCAUGCAGGCGAAUUGAAGCUGUUGCGUUGCGAACCGAGUGCUGAUCAGCUGUGGCUUCGGAAGCGAGGAAAUCUUAUUCACCUGAGUACGGGCAAAUGUUUGGAAAAUAACUAUCAUUCGACGGUAGUGUUAUCGCCGUGUCGACGAGGUGCACAGUCUCAGAUAUGGAAUUUUUCUGUUGAAAUUGAAGAAUUGACGAAUUAAAAGUCGGACGAAAACUUUUUAACGUGACACGGUGUCAAAA